AUGCUGUUUGGAAAUCCAGAAGUCAUCGUGCAGAACCUUAUCUCUAAGAUUCACUCCACACCAGCGCCGAAGGCCGACAAACUGGACACUCUCGUCAAGUAUUCUCUGUCUGUGCAGAAUCUCUGUGCGACUAUCGAAGCUUGUCAGCUUGAAGAAUACGCCUACAACGUAGCUCUGCUGCACGAGCUUGUAGACAAGCUACCGCCUUCCUGCAAGGUUGACUGGGCCAAGCAUCGCCGUGAUUUACCUCGGGUAAACCUGAUAGCAUUUUCGGCUUGGCUGUACCAGUUAGCAGAGACAGUUUGUCCAAUCGCACGACUGACUUGCAGUGAAGCGGUUCCCGGUCGAGGAAACAAGAAGAACUCAGCUUACGUCAACACGCACAGUGAGGAGAGCUCUGACAAUCCGAAGGAGAAACCGGAUCAUCGAACGAAAGGGAAUCCAUCCGGUCCGUCUUCCUCAGGUGGCUGCGUCGCUUGUAAAGGAAAUUGUCCGAAGUUGGAGAAGUGCCAGCGAUUCAACGAGCUUUCGUACAAUGCUCGAUGGGCGAUUAUCAAGGAGUUCAUGAUUUGCAGAAAAUGUCUCAAGAAGCAUAAGGGCAGCUGCAAAUCCCUACAAGUGUGCGGAAAGAACGGCUGUACGUUCAAACACCAUGAACUUUUGCACAACUAUCAACGGGAUGGAGCGGGAUCGAACCCAUCUUCCAAUAAGGGUCAGAACUCCAACGCAGGCAUUCAAAACACAACGGUGCGUGAGUGCAAUGCUCACCACAAGUCGACUAACCAAGGACUGUUCCGUGUUGUCCCGGUGGUCAUUCAUGGCCCGAAGAAAUCCAUCAAGACGUACGCCUUCCUAGAUGAUGGCUCAUCUCUUACGUUGGUUGAUGCGUCCUUAGUCCAAGAAUUGGGAUUGCAAGGAAACCCGGAGCCACUGUGCCUGAAGUGGACCGGGAACAAGCGCCGGCUGGAAAAUGAUUCACUAGAACUCGACAUCGACGUAUCUGGAACGGGAGAAAUCCAGAAGAAAUACUGCCUACGAGGAGUUCAUACUAUUUCCAACCUGGAUCUAUUCCAUCAGACGGUGGAUGUGCACCAAUUAGCUAAACGAUACCGGCACCUGCGGGGAAUUCCUAUCGAAUCGUACACCAAUGUACAACCUCGAAUCCUAAUCGGGAUCGACAAUGCCAACAUCACGCUGCCGCUUAAGGGAAGAGAAGGAAAUAUGUUCGAGCCGAUUGCAACGAAGACUCGUCUGGGCUGGAUUGUGCACGGAGGCUCCAGUACAACUGACUCGUUAAUCGGAUACCAUUCAGUGGAAUUCUGUCCAUGCAGCGAAUCGUCCGAUCACAUGCUGCAGCAAUCAAUUCAGGAGUACUUUUCUUUGGAAGGUCUGGGCAUCUGUAAGUCAAAAAAGCCUCUGAUCUCUGGUGAAGAAGAACGUGCCCAACAGCUUUUACAGUCUGUCACCCAAACAGAUAGCGGAAGAUACGAAGUACCUCUACUGUGGAAGUACGACAAAGUCCAUCUACCUAACAGCAAACCAGCGGCUCUGCGACGGUUCCACUGCCUUGAGAAUAGGAUGAAGAAGCAGCCGAAGCUAGCCGAAGUAUUGCGUGCGAAGAUCGAUGACUAUCGGCGGAAAGGGUACAUAAGGAAGCUGUCGAACGAGGAACUACAGAAACCGCAAGAACGAGUGUGGUAUCUUCCGCUGUUCCCGGUUAUCAACCCGAAUAAGCCUGGGAAAGUCAGGUUUGUUUGGGACGCAGCAGCAAUGACACAUGGCGUAUCGCUCAAUUCCAUGCUGCUGAAAGGACCGGACUUGCUGACUCCGCUGGACUACGUGCUCUACCGUUUCCGUGAAUUUCGAAUUGGACUUAGUGGUGACGUUAGGGAGAUGUACCUGCAGAUGCUGAUGGCCGCGCGAGAUCAACACUGCCUUCGAGUACUGUGGAGUGACGACGGAACGGGCGAACCUAGCACGUAUGUAACACAGGUUAUGCCAUUCGGAACCUCCUGUUCACCAUCCUGUGCACAGUACGUGAAGAAUCUCAACGCGAGCAAUUUCGCAGGCCAGUACCCGCAAGCAGCACAGACGAUUAUAAAACAGCAUUACGUGGACGACAUGUUGGCGAGCGUGGAAACGGAAGAGGAGGCAAUUCAGUUAGCGAAAGACGUUAAGCACGUUCACGCUCAAGCGGGACUCGAAAUGCGCAAUUGGAUCUCAAACUCGCCAGCGGUGGUGGAAGCAAUGAAGGAGACGAAGACCGAAGAGAAGAAUCUCAACUUGGGACCAGAGCUGGGAACAGAAAAGGUCCUAGGAAUGUGGUGGUGCACGGCUACAGAUACGUUCACGUACAAGCUCUCGGUGAAACACGACCGUGACCUGUUAGCUGGAACGCGUAAACCCACGAAGAGGGAGGUUUUACGAACGCUCAUGGCCGUCUUUGAUCCACUAGGAUUGAUAUCCAACGUGCUCGUCUACUUGAAGGUUCUAUUCCAGGAAAUAUGGAGAUGCGGCAUCGAUUGGGACGAUGAAAUUCCGGACAGUCUCAACGAGAAGUGGAUCGAGUUUUUACCUAAAGUGCAAUACGUCAGGAUUCCUCGUUGUUAUCGCUGUAUUACAUCGCUAACACCAGAAACGAAUGUCCAGCUGCACACGUUCGUCGACGCAAGUCUCUCUGGAUUCGCCGCUGUAGUCUACCUACGCAUCGAGCAGGGUAGCUCUGUGGAAUGUGCCAUAGUGGGCGCAAAAGCACGGGUGUCUCCUCUCAAGUUCGUCUCCAUUCCCAGACUGGAGUUGCAGGCAGCGGUCAUCGGAGUCCGGCUGGCGGACCGAAUCUCCAAGUCCUUAACAUACAAGAUCGACAAACGAGUUUUUUGGAGCGAUUCUCGUGACGUACUGUGCUGGAUACGAUCAGACCACCGCCGGUAUUCACAAUUCGUCGCAGCUCGUGUUAGCGAGAUUCUGGAGACGACGGAAAUGGCAGAUUGGAGGUAUAUCAACACGAAGGACAACGUAGCGGACGACGCUACCAAGUGGGAGCGGCAACCAGAUCUUACAGAGGAAAGCAGAUGGUUUACGGGACCGAAGUUCUUGUGGGAGCACAACGAAGGCUGGCCUGUGGAUUCACAUCAGAGCAGCUCGACGAAUGAGGAACUCCGCGCGAAUCUCUUCCAUCACAUAGCAAGUCCACCUCCAGUGAUAGACGUACGACGGUUCUCCCGUUGGCAGAGUUUACUUCGAGCCACUGCUGUAGUGCUGCGCGUCAAACACAAUUUUCGUUGCGUGAUCGACAAAUUGUCACGAAGGGAUGGCCUGCUUACGGCGGACGAGCUGCGGCAGGCAUCUAUUUUCCUAUUCCGACAAGCACAAGCAGAAUCAUAUCCAGAUGAAAUCAGGAUCCUUGCGAGUGCAGAAAAGUCCAAGAAGUCGUUGAUGAAGUCCAGUUCGAUAUACAAGCUAAACCCUUUCCUCGACGAGCACCAAGUUCUACGGAUGCACGGUAGGAUCAGCGCGUGCGAGUACGCCUCCAUGGAUGCACGUAAUCCAAUUAUCUUAUCGCAGAACAAUUACGUAGCUUGGUUAGUGGUGAAGGACUGUCACGAACGGUUCCAUCACAGGAAUCACACCACCGUCUUGAACGAGCUGCGGCAUGUCUACCGGAUUCCGAGGCUGAAACAGCUGUUCAACAAAGUCAAAGCAGGGUGCCAGAUGUGUAAGAAUGAGAAAUCAGUUCCACAACCUCCUCCAAUGGGUGAUCUACCGGAAGCAAGACUGGCGGCGUUCACUAGACCUUUCUCCUUUGUUGGGGUUGACUAUUUCGGUCCGAUUAAUGUGGUGGUAGGGAGUAGAGUUGAGAAACGUUGGGGUGUGCUAACGACGUGCUUAACAGUGCGCGCGAUACACAAAAAGUCGCGCACUCGCUCAGUGCAGACUCUUGCAUAA